UCUCGCGAGAACUGGCAGGCGGCGCGCAGCUGCGGGCAGCUGCCCUUCCCGAGCCGGCGUCGGCGGCACAGUGCGCAGGCGCAGCCGGCGCGUUUCCCCGGGCUACAGCCGGCGCCGCCGCCCGCUAGUCCGCCGCCCGGCGCCAUGGCGGGCUGCGCGGCGCGGGCUCCGCCGGGCUCUGAGGCGCGUCUCAGCCUCGCCACCUUCCUGCUGGGCGCCUCGGUGCUCGCGCUGCCGCUGCUCACGCGCGCCGGCCUGCAGGGCCGCACCGGGCUGGCGCUCUACGUGGCCGGGCUCAACGCGCUGCUGCUGCUGCUCUAUCGGCCGCCUCGCUACCAGAUAGCCAUCCGAGCUUGUUUCCUGGGGUUUGUGUUCGGCUGCGGCAUGCUGCUGAGUUUUAGCCAGUCUUCUUGGAGUCACUUUGGCUGGUACAUGUGCUCCCUGUCAUUGUUCCACUAUUCUGAAUACUUGGUGACAGCAGUCAAUAAUCCCAAAAGUCUGUCCUUGGAUUCCUUUCUCCUGAAUCACAGCCUGGAGUAUACAGUAGCUGCUCUUUCUUCUUGGUUAGAGUUCACACUUGAAAAUAUCUUUUGGCCAGAACUGAAGCAGAUCACCUGGCUCAGUGUCACAGGGCUGCUGAUGGUGGUCUUCGGAGAAUGUCUGAGGAAGGCGGCCAUGUUUACAGCUGGCUCCAAUUUCAACCACGUGGUACAGAAUGAAAAAUCAGAUACACAUACUCUGGUGACCAGUGGAGUGUACGCUUGGUUUCGGCAUCCUUCUUACGUCGGGUGGUUUUACUGGAGUAUUGGAACUCAGGUGAUGCUGUGUAACCCCAUCUGCGGCGUCAGCUAUGCCCUGACAGUGUGGCGAUUCUUCCGCGAUCGAACAGAAGAAGAAGAAAUCUCACUAAUUCACUUUUUUGGAGAGGAGUACCUGGAGUAUAAGAAGAGGGUGCCCACAGGCCUGCCUUUCAUAAAGGGGGUCAAGGUGGACCUGUGACGGGCAGUGGCCCCGGUGACCUUGGGGCCUCCGACCCUGUGCAGCCUGGGACAAAACUGUUUCCGGUUGGCCGCUGCAACAUGGAUUUUCUUAAUCGUUUUAUGUCAUUAGUCACUCUUCUGGAAUGUCACUCAAGACCAAGCGGUCAGAAGGCCUGAGGACCCAAGGCCCCACUGGAGCAGUCUGUCCUUAUGCCGAAUCAAGGCGGAACAUGGGUGAAAGACGAGUAAGGGGCAAAUCACAGCAAUAUUCCACAGCGCCCUCCAGAGUUACCUGGGGAGGACCGAGGCCACACGCCACUGCCCCCGAGGCCAGAGUGUAAGUAAAGGAUAACCAGGACUCGCUGGGAGAGAUGGACUCUGUCCUCAGCAACACUCCACAGCAGAAAGGGGUAGCAGGUACCCCUUCUUAUCAGCGGUAAAAAUGCAUUUACAACCUUUCAUUUAACCGAAAAACACAAACCGCUUUAACCUCUUUAUUUCUGUCCCCCACUGCAUGAACAUCUAUACAAUUUUAAAAAUACUUCCUCAUAGGAUGCUUUGGCCCUUCAUCUAUUUAAUCAUAGCUACAUACCUAUUUUUUAUAAGUAGCAGUACACAUUCAAAGGGGUAUUCCUAGCUCAAUGCUUGGUGUUCUAGCUCAACUUUUAUCCUGCAGCAAGUAAGCCUAGAUAACUCCACACGAUUUGGCUGAGUGGCUUUGUGUGACCGUGGCCCCAGGCCAAGGGGAUCAUGGCCCUGGCUGGCUUUCCCGGGGGUCUCAGCUCCUGUUGUCAGUGAUAGGCGGCUCAAAGGGGUGUCAGUUUCUUUUGAUCCAAGAAGUGCUUACUGAAUGCCUGCCCUGUGCGUGGCCUUAAACAUUGAGAAGUGCUGCUCUCCGUUUAUUUGGGAUUUGAUUCUCAUUUUACCAUAGCUUAUAUUCUCAAUUUCAAUGCCAGUCUCAGAACUCUUGUUUUCUGUGUUCUAUUCUCAAAAUUACAUUGUCCCUCAUGUCAUUUCAAACUGUUUUCCAAAGGGAUUUGAGCAUAUACAACUACAAAUCCAAGCAGAUUGACUCUCAAAAAUAAUCUUAAAUACUGCAAAUAGUCCCAACUAAGAUUCAGUCAGUAUGUAUGUUUUGCAAGUUUGGGAGAGUAAGUUGGCUUUGAGUCACACAUCGAAGCUUUAAGAGGUGAGACGCUGGCUUCAUUCUGGACUAGACAGGAACUUGGCCUCAGCGUGAGAUCCUGCCAUGCAGUGUUGCGGUGGCACUGAUGAAGUGUGAAUGUGAAGGCGGCGUCGGCGCGGGGCCAGAGCACCACUCUGCUGCCCCACCACGCGGCCUGUGAGGAGCCACUAAACCUUUCCGUGCCUAGACCUCCCCAUCUGUGGAAUGGGGUCAAUACCACCUACCUCACAGGGGUGUUGUGAGGACUGAGAAGAACAAUGUCAAAUGUUUUUAAUACUCAGAUGUGGGAGCGACAUCAAUGAAAUCUGUACUGUAUGAAAGCUACACAAAAACAGGCAGACAUUUGGUUGAUUGUGCCAGAUACCUAAAAUGUAUGUUCAGAAAAGCAUUUUAUCAACUCAGAAAUAUGACUUAUUUCUAGA